UUCAUAACAAUCUGACGUCACAAGCUACAUGCUUUGCCUGCUCAAAAAUCGUUGUGUAUUGUAUCCUACAUGUACGUUAAAUUCGGCAGAGGCAUAAGCUGUACGCUACAUGUACAUGACCGAAUUCUGUGAUUAAUUUCAUAGGAAUCAAGGUUUUUCUUGAAGGUUUCUGGGAAUCCAUCAGCUUGUGUACUUUACGCUUGGAACUGUUGCCACACCUGUUGUCACACCCGCUGCCACACCCAACUUUACUUUGUUGCCAGUCAGCCUUCACGUAUCCAUCACCACCGAGCAACACAAAAAUCUAGAAUCAGAAGCCUUUUUUUUUUGGAAGAAAGACAGGGAGGAGGGACGAGAGAUCAGGAUGGCUGGCACAGCGAGACACGACCACGAGAUGAAGCUGAACGCCAAGAAGAAACUUCAGACCACCAAGGACCCCAUCGAGAAACUGCGCUUGAAGUGUUUGGAGCGGGGCUCCUCUGGCAUCAAGGGAAUCGGACGGGUCUUCAGAAUAAUGGAUGACGACGGUAACCGAACGCUAGAUUUUGCUGAAUUCAAGAAGGGCAUCCGGGAUUAUGGCAUGAGCUUUGACGACAGUACCAUCAAACAGAUGUUUACCGCCUUUGACAGGGACGGCAGCGGGAAGAUAGACUUUGACGAGUUUCUCGUCUCGCUUCGGCCAAAAAUGUCCAAUGCCAGGGUCGAAAUAAUCUGCGAGGCCUUCAAGAAGAUGGACAAAACCGGCGACGGCGUCAUCACCAUUGAAGACAUGAGAGGGGUGUACAACGUCAAGAAGCAUCCCAAGUACCUGAACGGGGAGAAGACAGAGGACGAACUCUUCCGGCAGUUCCUGGACAGCUUUGAGCCUGAUAAGUCAAAAGCUGAUGGCAUGAUCACAAGGGAGGAAUUUCAAAAUUACUACUCUGGUGUCAGCGCAUCGAUUGAUCAAGACAGCUACUUCAUAUUGAUGAUGAAGAAUGCGUACAAGAUAUAGGUAACUCCACACGACGUGAUUUUUCAAAGUAGCAUCAGUACUGUGGAUAUCAGAUACGCAAGACCAGUCCAUCCAUUGCAGGCUUAUCCUCAGAACCCACCAACUGUAUCAGCCACAAGGAUGUUAGUUCUGCUUGUCAGAUUCUUUAUAUUUACCGUGUGUGCCAAAAAAUGAUGAACUAUGUAUGGAAAGGUCCAGCUGUCAGAGUACAAAUGUUAACUGUUCCUGCAGAGAUCGAGAUGAGAAACAGCAGUGUGCUUGACUUCUCGAUAAUCAGCAAUAGGAGAUUGUGUCCUGAAAAAUUAGCAGCAUUUACUUUUGCAGUUUGGGUGUGUUCCCCCAAAUUGUACAUAAUCCAAGAUAUGAUGGACUAGGAAUGAACCAUUUCCAGACUUUACCUUUCUCAUUUUUUCCAUAACUAGCACUUCAUUGUAGUUAUUUGAGAAUAUCAGUGUAUAAAAAGUGCUGAGGUUCUUCCUUCUCUUGACAUUUUUUUUUGCAAAUAACAGUCCUUGAUACGCAGCCCAGAGUUUACGUUCCAGUGAAAGCUUGGCUCGCUGUAAAUCUAGGAUCUUGUUCAAAUCAAGCAAAAGGAGCAGCCUGACUUUGGCUAAUUAGAUGUAGGGCUGAGUCAAAUUGAAUAAUUGAAUAUCCAAUUAUUUGACUUUCCAUUUGAUCAAAUAUUAAAAUUUUGGGGUAUUGGGCACAGCCCUAAUUGGAUGCAAACGAGGACUAGUAGCAUUCCAACUGUCAUUUUUCAGAUUUUCAGUAUGUUGCUGCCUUAAUCUUUUAUUUCUAGACGAAAACAUCAUAGGAAGGUACCUGUAGUUGACAGUGGCUGAUGUUUUUUUUAAACUUUUAUUUUUAAAUAUUGGAUCAAAGUUUUUAAGACCUGUGUUUUAACAAUCAGAUUGAGAAUCUCCUUGUUUUUAAAACCGAAUACCACGUUUAUUAAAUUAAUGGCUCCUUUGACUUAAGUUAGUUAAAGACAACAUUGGCAUGGAAUUACCAAGUCUCUCGGUAAAAACACACUUUUUGUCAUUAACAAUACGUGAACGGGUGGAGAAAAAGUGUACUUCAGUGAUUGAAGCAACCCAUCAACUUUGUCGGCACAAGUUUGCUACAUAGUAUUCGAUUUGUUCACCAGCCCUAAUAAUAUCCUGUGAUGGUUAAACAUUGUGUGCAUUCAUAAAGAUUUGAACAGUUCGUAAGAUUGCUCUUAAGUGAUCAUGACUUUGACAGAAAUGAUUGAUACGCAGUUGAUAACCUAUGGUACCGUUGGCCAAAAUUGUGUUCUUUUUAAAACGAAAUCUUAUUGACCUUGUGAACUUGUAACAACUUCAGUAGCAGAGACCGUGUAUUAAGUUGAAUGUGUUUUUUAUCAUUACUGCGUGUUUGUAUUAUGUGUUGUUGUAAGUGUUCAUGUUCAUUGUACUUAAUUUCAUCAGAAUUACAUUUUGAAUAUUGACGCCUUGAUUCAGUAGUGGGGUGUGUGGUCCAUUGUAUGCCCGAGGCACAUGGUACGCCUACGUAAUAAUUGGCUGAACUCAGUUUUGCCCUAAUACAUGUAGAUUUAGCCAAACUCCAAAAAAGUCACACAUUCUUUUGAAAUUUGCUUCUCAAAGAAGCCAGUAAAUAAAUGACUGCCUCGCACAAGGUUGUGUCAUGCCGAAGUAGCAAGCAGUCUAAUCUGCCUGUGUUUAAUCCUACAUGUAUGUCAAAUUGUUGGUUGAUCACGUGAAUUGUCUAAGCCACAUUCUCGUGGACCAUGAUAAGCUGGGCGGCCGCAAAAAUACAUUGAAGAGUUUAAAGGGUGGAUGGCCACACCGGUCAGACACAUUCGAUAGUCACAUGUUUGCCCCUUGUCCAGGUUGGCCUCUAUAGAAUGGUGAAAUUUUGCUCGCUGUGUACUUAAUCCGCUUCCAAAAUGUUUUGGCCGGGGGCGGCAGCAACAUGCGCGUCAAUGAAAUAUGGCAGCAAGCCGCUAGUUGACAUCUCCCACGUGCGCCUGUGUAACCGUCGGUCGUAGCCAGUUAGUGAAGUCUAGUUCGCUAUUCCGUGGCCCUCAAUUCCCACUACAUGUAGCUUUCAGUAAUCGUGGAUAUUUAACUAUUUUUGUACAGUUUAAUGUGUAAAUAUUCUCCAGAGGUAAAAUGGAAAUGUCUUUUGAGCAGAAUUAUGUGCUCUUUUCAGUUAUUUAAAUGGUAAUUUUUAAGUAUGAAUACCUGUUCCGUGUUGUUUUAAAUAAAAACUACAUUCGAUUAUCAGCCGUGUGAAUAAAAAGUACUAGUAGAACGUCAUAA